AAACGGGACGAGUCUGGGAACCUGUCAAGCCCUCCGGCUCGUACUUGCUCAGAGGCGGCUUCCUGGAGGCGGAAGCCGAGCUUUCUGAGCGAGACUUGUCCUGGGGUCCGGAAGCCUGGAUCCCCACCCAGCGGGUGGGCACAAUGAGGCUGGGCUCCGGGACCUUCGCCGCCUGCUGCGUAAUGAUCGAGGUGCUCGGAGUCGCGCUCUUCCUUCGGGGAUUCUUCCCGGCUCCUGUUUCUUCGUCUUCCGGGACGGAGCGACAAGUAGAGCACCCAGCGCCCGAACCCUCGACUGGAGCCAGUUCCAACUGGACCAAGCUCCCACCACCUCUCUUCAGGAAAGUUGUUAUUAUGCUGAUAGAUGCCUUGAGAGAUGAUUUUGUGUUUGGGUCAAAGGGUGUGAAAUUUAUGCCCUACACAACUUAUCUUGUGGAAAAGGGAUCAUCUCACAGUUUUGUGGCUGAAGCAAAGCCACCUACAGUUACUAUGCCUCGAAUCAAGGCAUUGAUGACAGGGAGCAUCCCCGGCUUCAUCGAUGUCAUCAGGAAUCUCAAUUCUCCCGUGCUGCUGGAAGACAAUGUAGUCACACGAGCAAAAGCAGCUGGAAAAAGAAUCAUCUUUUAUGGAGAUGACACAUGGGUGAAACUGUUCCCAAAGCAUUUUGUGGAAUAUGAUGGAACAACCUCUUUUAUUGUAUCAGAUUAUACAGAGGUGGAUGAUAAUGUCACACGGCACUUGGAUAGAGUACUAAAAAGGCGGGAUUGGGAUGUGUUGAUUCUCCACUACCUUGGGCUGGACCACAUUGGCCACAUUUCGGGGCCCCACAGCCCCCUGAUCGGGCGCAAGCUCAGUGAGAUGGAUGGCAUCGUGAUGAAGAUCCACACCUCGCUGCUGUCAGAGGAGAGGGAGACCUUGUUCCCCAAUUUGCUGGUUCUUUGCGGUGAUCAUGGCAUGUCUAAAGCUGGAGGUCACGGGGCCUCUUCCAUAGAGGAAGUAAACACUGCUCUGGUCUUAAUCAGUUCUGCAUUCGAAAGGAAACCUGGUGACAUCAGACCUCCAAAGCACGUUCAACAGACGGAUUUGGCCGCAACACUGUCAGUUGGGCUUGGUCUGCCGAUUCCAAAGAGCAGCAUAGGCAGUCUUUUAUUCCCAGUUGUAGAAGGAAAACCAAUGAGGGAACAACUGAGAUUUUUACAUUUAAAUACAGUACAGCUUAGCAAACUACUGCAGGAGAAUGUUCCGUCCUAUAAAAAAGAGCCCGGCUUUGAGCAAUUUAAAGUGUCAGAAAGGUUGCAUGGGAACUGGAUCAGACUGUACUUGGAAGAAAAUAACUCAGAAGUCCUUUUCAACCUGGGAACCAAGGUCCGCAGGCAGUACUUGGACGCGCUGAGGAUGCUGAGCCUGUCCCUGAGCAGACAAACGGCCCAGUACGACGUCUACUCCAUGGUGGUGGGGACGGUUGUAGUCCUGGAGGUUCUUGCCCUGCUGCUGCUCAGUGUCCCCCAUGCGCUGAGCAGCGAGGCUGAGCUGGAAGUCCCCUUGCUGUCGCCUAUGUUUUCUUUGCUCUUUUACCUGGUGCUCCUGGUCCUGUCGGCACUCCAUGUCAUCGUGUGCACCUCCGUGGACAGCUCGUGCUAUCUGUGCAGCCUCUCGUGGCUGACAGCAGGAGGAGUCAUGGUGCUGAUUUCUGCCCUGCUCUGUGCAGUCAUAUCUGCUGUCACCAAGGUGUUGGCCAGUGGAAAGCUUCCGAGUAAGAAUCCAGCUCAUUCCAGCUCCAGGUGGUCGGAGUUAGAUCUUCUUAUUUUAUUGGGGACCCUGGGCCACGUGUUAAGUCUGGGUGCAAGCAGUUUCAUCGAAGAGGAGCACCAGACAUGGUACUUCCUUGUUAACACACUGUGUCUAGCUCUGUGCCACGAGAUGUACAGAAACUGCUUUCUGGGAGACAGUAGUGCGCCUAAGCGUUGUCUGCACGCAGAAGAGGAGUUUGACCGGGCCACCCAGGCCCCACGGGGUAGGGGCACGGACUGGGACAUGCUGGAGAUCGACGAAGUGUCCACAGGGCCCUCUCCCCUGGAAGCGCUCAGAGACCACGAGAGGUGGAUGGUGCUGGCGAGCCCAUGGGUGAUUCUGACCUGCUGCCGGCUGCUGCGGUCCCUGAACCAGACAGGCGUGCAGUGGGCCCACCGGCCAGACCUGGGGCACUGGCUCACCAGCCCUGAUCAUAAAGCUGAACUCUCUGCUCUGGCCGCACUUUCCCUCGUCAUGACUUUUGUGUUGGUUCAAAGAAGGUGCUCUGUGGCAUCAAAAGUAGCCAUGGCGUUUGGCCUGCUGGGCGUCUAUUGCUACAGGGUGGCCCUUGGCAAUGUGCUGUUCCCAUGGCAACAAGAUAACAAAGACAUUUCAAAGGGCAUUACUGAAGCUCGUUUUGUUUAUGUCUUUGUCCUUGGCAUUCUGUUCACGGGCACCAAAGACUUGCUUAAAUCUCAGGUCCUUGCUUCAGACUCCACAGUCAGGACCGUGGGCCUCUGGGAGGUGCAUAGCGGACUGGUCCUCCUGGCUGCACUGCUCUCACGACCACACAACCUUCCCGUCUUAGUGCUCAGCCUUUUGGUCCAGACCAUCAUGACUCAGUUCGUCUGGAGGCCCCUGAGGCACAGCACAGCUGAGGUCACCGUGAUGCACUACUGGUUUGGUCAGGCAUUCUUCUACUUUCAGGGAAACUCCAACAGCAUCGCCACCGUGGACAUCUCAGCGGGGUUCGUGGGCCUGGACGCCUACAUGGAGAUCCCAGCCAUGUUCCUGACCGCGUUUGCAACAUAUACCGGGCCUGUCCUGUGGGCCAGCCACCUGGUAAACUUCCUGAGCUCAGAAACCAGCAGCGGAUCGUCACUGAGUCAUGCCUGCUUCUGCUACGCACUGAUUUGUUCUUUUCCAGUUUCUGCAUAUAUCAUUUUGGUGACAUCCUUGCGUUAUCAUUUAUUUAUAUGGAGUGUGUUUUCUCCAAAACUUCUCUAUGAGGGAAUGCACCUACUCAUUACCGCUGCUAUCUGUGUGUUCUUCACAGCCAUGGACCAGACCAACCCAAAGUCUUAGACUGAGCUCUUAGGCACUGAACUCUUGUGUUUUCGUCGUGGAUUUGCAUAAUGAAAACAUCUGUUCAAAUGGAAGGUCCUUUUUUAAAAGAUGUGAAUUCUAUAUGGUUGAUGAAUAGCUUCAGUUUCUUUGACUGCUGUACUUGAAUUUAGGUAGUAAGUAGUUUGAAGAGGUCACUUUAAAUACACAGUUUGGAUAUGAAUUAUAUUCCCCUGUUGACUGUCA